CUCUCCUCUCUCCUCUCUCUCUCUCUCCCACACUCACACACACUGUCUCUAUGCUCGUUUUACUUGUGGCCUUGAAAGCUACUUUUGUCUGUCGUUUCUUUCUUUGAAAACCCCCCUUCUUUAGGAUCAUAUUCGAACUCGAUAGGUUUGUACAAUGUGUCUGUUUUUGGUGAGCAAUACUGAUAAUUCGGAGACUACAUUCUAGACUCUAAAGUCUGAGCCUUUCAGUUUCAGCUUCUUUGAUUCGAUUUUUAGGGUUUUUUUUUUCAAUGCUCUGAAGAAUUUCUACAUUCAUGCUAAUAUGCUAGCCAUAGAAUUCCCUGGGGUUGUGGGUCACGGUUGAUUGAGGAUUCUAAGCCCUUUUGACCCCAUUCUCUCUCAUCUGGUUUGAGUGGCUGCUUUGUGGGUUUCGUAUAGUCUUGUCAGUUCUCAAAAGGGUAUCUUUCUUUGGGUUUCCCAGAAUUUAAAUUGUUUUUUUUACUAUAUAUUUUAAAAAUUUAUUAUAAAAUGUUCCUAUGGUGUUUUUUGAUUCAUCUUUUCAGUGGGUUUUGAUGUUUGGAGUGUUUGAGUUGGGGCAGUUUGAUUACAGGGGAGGCAUUUGAUGUAUUGAUUUUUAUUUUAAUAUAUAUGGGGAUUUAAUUCUAGGGUUAGGAGAAAAUGGGGUUAGCUCCUGAUGCUGUAAAGGUGGGGACUUGGGGUGUGGGCAAAUCAAAGGAUAGGAAAAAGAAAGAUGAAGAUGAUGAAGAUACAGGGUGUUGGAUUAAGUUUAGGUUCUUGGGGAGCUGUAUGUCUUCAAGGUCCAAUGUUGAUAGCUCUAUGAGUGGCACUAGCACACCAUAUGAGGAAAGUAAAUCUACAAAUGAUACAAGCAGAGACCAACCAGUUGCUCCAAUUGUAUCAUCUUCAACCACUAGCAAUACGGAAAGUACUCCAUCGACUCCCAACAUUGGCGACGAGCUGAAAAUUGCUUCUCAGCUUCGAAAGUUCACUUUUAAUGAGCUUAAGUCAGCAACGAGAAAUUUUCGACCUGAGAGUCUCCUUGGUCAGGGUGGCUUUGGAUGUGUUUUCAAAGGUUGGAUCAACGAGAAUGGAACCACACCAGUGAAAGCUGGAACAGGGCUUACUGUUGCAGUAAAAACCCUCAAUCACGAUGGACUUCAGGGUCACAAGGAGUGGCUUGCUGAAGUAAAUUUUCUUGGUGACCUCCUUCAUCCUAAUUUGGUUAAGUUAAUUGGAUAUUGUAUCGAGGAUGAUCAAAGGCUGCUUGUCUAUGAGUUUAUGCCCCGAGGAAGCUUGGAGAAUCAUCUUUUCAGAAGAUCGUUGCCUCUUCCUUGGUCUACCAGAAUGAAAAUUGCGCUUGGUGCUGCAAAUGGUCUUGCCUUUCUUCAUGAGGAAGCUGAAAGACCAGUUAUUUAUCGAGAUUUUAAAACCUCUAACAUCCUUUUAGAUGCAGACUACAAUGCUAAGCUUUCUGAUUUUGGACUUGCCAAAGACGGCCCGGAGGGAGACAAGACACAUGUAUCUACCCGGGUAAUGGGAACAUAUGGCUAUGCUGCCCCGGAGUAUGUGAUGACAGGACAUUUAACAUCAAAGAGUGAUGUCUACAGCUUUGGGGUGGUUUUACUUGAAAUGUUGACGGGCCGAAGAUCCAUGGACAAAAGCCGACCAAAUGGGGAGCAUAACCUAGUAGAAUGGGCGCGACCGUAUCUUGGAGAGAGGCGAAGGUUCUACCGGCUAAUAGAUCCCCGCCUUGAAGGUCGCUUCUCAAUCAAAGGUGCACAGAAAGCAGCUCAGCUGGCUGCCCAUUGCCUUAGCCGUGACCCAAAAGCCAGACCUCUGAUGAGUGAAGUUGUUGAAUCCCUGAAGCUUCUGCCCAAUCUCAAGGACAUGGCCUGUUCCUCAUCCUACUUCCAGGCCAUGCAGGUUGAGCGUGCGGGGAUGAAUAAAAAUGCUAGACAUGGCAGUAGACUACUUCAGGCAGGAUUGGUAUCAAAGAAUGGGCAGCCAACGAGGAGCUUCUCCAUUCCAAAUGGUCCACAUGCCUCUCCAUUUCACCAUAACCAUCCUCUCCGGUCGCCAAAGCCCAACGGCAGACAAACACAACCUUAAGUUCAUUUCUAUUUUUCUCACUUCCAUUUCUUUUCCCUUUCGCAUGUGUUCUAUGUCAAGGAGAUGGAAUCAUUUUGAAAAGCCAAAAAAGGCCAAGGUGGGGUCUUCGAAGAUAAUGCCUGUUCUUCUGUUUUUGAGAAAUGGAAUGGUUCAGAGGACUUUUUACUAGUAUGGAGGUGAAUUGAUGCAGAGAAAGCCGUAAAGAGAAUCUUGAAGCGCCAUUUAUCGCAUAUGGUUUGCUUUGUACAUCAAAACUUGGCUGCUCAUGUAUUCUGGCCUAGCCAUUCACUAGGAUGGCAAAGGUGAUUUGGAAUAUGAUCCAAUCACUUUCUUAAAUGAUUUGAACAAUUUGUCUUUGCAAAGUUGCUGACAAGAUCAUCUAAUUGGACUCUAGUUACAUCCUAAAUAGUGUAAUCUCUCCUUGAUCUUCACAGGCCAAUAUCUAUAAUACCACUAGAAAGAAGAACUUCUGCAAUUUUCUAAAUGAUUCCAAAUAAUAGUUUGGAGCCUCUACAGCAUCACAGUGGAUGAUGAUGCUGGAGUUUGUGAUAGUGUUAGAAUUUUGAAGUGUUAUAGGAUUUCGUUUCAUCAGGGCAUUGCAUGAUUGGGAUUUGCAGGAGAUAGCUAUAUUGUGAUCUAGAGGUGGGGAAGGAGGGUCUUAUUGGUGGGAAAUUUGAGGUUCAAUUUCCAUCUUCCUUUCUUCUGUUGAGUCAUUUUUAGUUUCUGUUGGGAAUAAUACUGUCCAAAAGUUGCAUGUUGCAUACGCCAUUUUGAAUGGAGUUGGGUGCUUGGAAAGAUGCCAAACAUGGACAAUGGAGAGAUAGUGAGUGACUAAUGUAUGGUUGCUCUUCCUUUUAAUUAAA